UACAGUGACACCAUUGGAUGCACUAUUGCCUGCAGACUGGAGUGUUUGAAUUUUAUUUUUUUAUUAAUGAAUUAUACCUCACAUAUUCGCUGGGCCAUAGGAAUUUUCCAAAAGCUUAUACCAGAUAUAAUGAAUGCAGGGUCCGGGGAGACCGGAUAUAGUGAAAGCAGGGUCCUGGGAGAUCAGAUAUAGUGAAUGCAGGGUCCUGGGAGAUCAGAUAUAGUGAAUGCAGGGUCCGGGGAGAUCAGAUAUAGUGAAUGCAGGGUCCGUGGAGACCAGAUAUAGUGAAUGCAGGGUCCGGGGAGACCAGAUAUAGUGAAUGCAGGGUCCAGGGAGACCAGAUAUAGUGAAUGCAGGGUC